GGUGUGUGGGAAGUAAAAAUUAAAUAUUAGCUUUUUAUGUUUUUUUAACUAAGGGCAAUGUUGGAAUUUCAAAAAAGGAGAUGGCGGACUUAGCAAAAUGGGGAGGCGCAAAUAGUCUCUGCCUAUUUAAUAUUGUAUCUUUCAUCUACUACCUUCAAUUUUCACAAAUCACUCAAUCAAUAAUUAUCAUUAUAUCUUUUUAUAAAACAGGAAUAGCUGAUAAUAUAAAUACUUGAACAGCUCUGUUUCUGACUCUGGUUGAUGCAAACAAACACCUCUCUCUGAUCAUCUCUCUCUCGCCGGUGAGAAUGGCGGCGUUGGCAGAACCACUGCAACAAGAGCCUCUUCCUCCUCUUUCUUCAGGUGCUGAAUCCAACCCAUCAGACUGCGUCAUCUUCUUCGGUCUCUGCCUCGCUCUCGGAAUCGCUUGCAGACACCUCUUGCGUGGAACCAGAGUUCCUUACACUGCUGCGUUACUCAUCAUUGGCAUUGCUCUUGGAUCAAUAGAAUAUGGCACUCAUCAUCAUCUGGGAAAGAUUGGAGAUGGAAUUCGUCUUUGGUCAGAUAUUAAUCCUGAACUUCUGUUAGCUGUGUUUCUUCCGGCUCUCCUUUUCGAGAGCUCAUUCUCAAUGGAAAUUCACCAAAUUAAGAGGUGUAUUGCACAAAUGAUGUUACUAGCUGGUCCAGGUGUUGUGCUUUCGACCUUUUGUCUUGGAACUGUUUUGAAGCUUACUUUUCCAUAUAACUGGACUUGGAAAACAUCACUAUUGCUUGGGGGACUUCUGAGUGCAACCGAUCCUGUAGCUGUUGUGGCCUUGUUGAAAGAGCUCAGUCCUAACAAAAAGCUAAGGACAAUAAUUGAUGGGGAAUCCUUGAUGAAUGAUGGGGUGUCUGUUGUGGUGUAUACCCUUUUCUAUCGGAUGGUUCUUGGAGAGACCUUCAACUGGGUUGCUGUAAUCAAAUUUCUAGCACAAAAUUCACUUGGAGCUGUAGGAAUAGGGCUUGCUUUUGGGAUAGCAUCUGUGUUGUGGCUUGGGUUUAUUUUUAAUGAUACAGUGAUUGAGAUUUCUCUGACACUGGCUGUUAGCUACCUUGCUUACUUCACUGCUCAAGAGGGUGCAGAUGUUUCUGGUAUCUUGACCGUGAUGACAUUGGGAAUUUUCUAUUCUGCAUUUGCAAGGACAGCUUUUAAGGGUGAAAGUCAUCAAAGCUUACAUUACUUCUGGGAAAUGGUUGCUUAUAUUGCUAACACCUUAAUUUUCAUUUUGAGUGGAGUUCUUAUAGCUGAAGGAAUACUUAAAGAUUACCAUUUUUUUCAUCAGGGAAAAUCAUGGGUCUACCUCUUGCUUCUCUAUGCAUAUGUUCAAGUGACUCGAUGCAUUGUAGUUGGAGCUUUAUUUCCCUUUCUUAGAUAUUUUGGAUAUGGUUUGGAUUGGAAAGAAGCUAUUAUUCUCAUCUGGUCAGGAUUGCGAGGGGCAGUUUCCUUGUCACUUUCAAUAGCAGUUAAGCGUUCUAGUGGCAGAUCAAUGGAAUUGACUGCAGAGACAGGAACAAUGUUUCUUUUCUUCACUGGUGGAAUUGUGUUCUUAACACUUGUAGUAAAUGGUUCAACUGCACAGUUCAUUUUACACUUACUUGACAUGGAUAAGUUAUCAGCGGUCAAGACAUGUAUCCUUGAUUUUACAAAGUAUGAAAUGUUGAAUAAAGCAUUAGAGGCUUUUGGUGAGCUCGGAGAUGAUGAGGAACUUGGGCCUGCUGACUGGCCCACAGUGAAGAGAUAUAUCUCGUGCUUAAAUUUCAUUGAAGGUGAACGAAUGCACCCCCAUGGAGCAUCUAAAGUUGAUGGUAACCUUGAUCCUAUGAAUUUGAAAGACAUACGAGUACGCCAUCUGAAUGGUGUCCAAGCUGCUUACUGGGAGAUGCUUCACGAAGGAAGAAUUACUCAAACAACAGCAAAUAUCCUAAUGCUGUCAGUGGAGGAAGCGAUAGAUUUGGCUUCAUCUGAGCCUCUGUGUGACUGGAAAGGCUUAAAAGCUAACAUACACUUUCCAAAUUACUACAAGUUCCUCCAAUUAAGGAUGUUCCCACCGAAGUUAGUUGCAUACUUCACUGUGGAAAGGUUGGAAUCUGCAUGUUAUAUUUGUGCUGCAUUUCUUCGUGCCCACAGAAUUGCUCGACGACAAUUACACAACUUUAUAGGUGACAGCAAUGUUGCUUCUGCUGUCAUCAAUGAAAGUGUUAUAGAAGGAGAAGAAGCACGAAAGUUCCUUGAAGAUGUUCAUGUAACAUCCCCUCAGAUUUUGCGUGAUGUAAAAACAAGGCAAGCAAUAUAUGUAGUGCUAAAUCAUUUAAUUCUAUAUGUCCAAAACCUUGAGAAGGCUGGGAUAUUGGAAGAGAAAGAGAUGCUACAUCUUCAUGAUGCUGUCCAGACUGAUUUAAAAAAAUUGCAUAGAAAUCCUCAUUUGGUUAAGCUUCCUGAACUAAGCAAUAUACAUCCUAUGUUGGGGGCUCUGCCAUCUUCGAUUCGUGAACUACUUGCAAGCAGUAUCAAGGAAAGGAUGAAAUUGGGUGGUUUGGUCCUUUUUGAGGAAGGUGCCAAAUCUAGUGGUAUUUGGUUAAUUUCUAAUGGAGUGGUGAAGUGGGAAAGCAAGAUGAUAAGGAACAAGCCUCCUUUUCAUCCAACUUGCAUGCAUGGGAGCACAUUGGGUCUUUAUGAAGUGCUGACAGGAAGACCAUAUAUCUGUGAUGUCAUCACAGACUCCAUCGUGUUCUGCUAUUUUCUUGAAGCUGAUAAGAUAAUUUCAUGUCUCAAAUCAGACCCUUCAAUGGAAGACUUCCUAUGGAAGGAAAGUGCUAUUUUUCUUUCCAAACUAUUGCUUCCCCAGAUAUUUGAGAAACUAGCUGUGCAAGAUAUAAGAGCUCUUAUUGCUGAAAGAUCUGAAAUAACCAUAUACAUUGGAGGGGAAUCAAUAAAAAUCCCUCAUCAUUCAGUUGCCUUCUUACUAGAAGGAUGUGUCAAGACUCAAGGUCCUCAAGAGCUUGUAACCGCACCAGCAGCCCUUCUUCCUUCUCAUGGGAAUCAAAGCUUCCAAAGUUUGGCAAUUUCAGGUACUGAGGAAGCUAGUUUUACUCAUCAAGGAUCUUGUUAUUUGGUCGAAACUAGAGUGAGGGUAAUCGUGUUUGACAUUGCAGCGUUUGAGGCUAAUGCUGCUAGAGAACAUAGUGAUCUUAUGAGUUGGCCUGAACAUUUCUACAAUCAGAAGCACCAUAAGCAGAGUUCUGAAAGGAUUGGGCAACAUUCCAGGAGUUUGUCUGCAAGGGCAUUGCAGAUCAGCAUUUAUGGAACGGUGGACAUCCCUGGCCCGAGUAGAAGUUUGUCAAUGGAUCUUGCUAGACCACAACCACCUCGAAGUUUUCCAUAUCAAGACCAACCAUUUGUUUCAGCCAAAUCAGGAGAAGACCAUGAAGUGAAGGAGUUCUGAAGAGAUGCUACAUAUUCUCCUUCAUUUUUUUUAUACGCAAAUGUUUUAUUAGUAAUGUUAGUAAAUUCGUUUCUCCUCAGGGUUCGAACCCUGGACUCUUCACCCUUCAUGAAGCACAGAAAGAAGAAAAACAUCAUGGAGAUGAUUCUACUAGUCUACCAAAUGUGAAUUAGAAGGGCUGUAUAGUUCUUUAUGAAGAAAUCUCAUUUCCUUCUUUUACUUUUUUAUUCAACAAAAUAAGUCGACAAUAUCUUUUAACUUGCUUUCUCCUCUACACUUCAUUCAACCUUAUAUAUUUUCUCUUCUCUA